CUUUCUUCCGUUGUUGUUGGAAAAAUGUUUUCUACAAUUUAUGGGUGUGUUUCGUCAAUUCAAAAAUACGCGUCACUGCUAGCGUAUCUGAUCAAAAGUUCUUUUCCUCGGAAACACGUCACCAGUAAUAUAGAUUUUUCUUUUUUCUUUUUCUUUUUUCUGAGCUUUUUGGUUACCUUAUUAACAUAAGGAAAUUCUCUUCGGUGUUCUAUUAUUUAAUGAUGUCUCGGUUGGGAAACUUAAUUGGUUACUAGUGUAUGAUAACUUAAAGCGUAUUUGAAAUAAUGAAUAAAUGUUGGGUGGUUUGUUUGGGAUCCUUAACUGAUAAUUCAGAUUCUGAAAAUUAAUCCAACCUCCUCUUACCUUUGAAGAAAUCCUACUUCCACAAGAACUGUGGUUCCUCAAAACAUCUGUGAAUUCACGAUUAUUGCAUCUAGCAACUCGUAUUAAACUGGCGGCUGUGAGUAAUCUGCGAAAUUUUACUGCUAAGCUCUGUGUCUCUGAAUGAGCAUCGAGUUACCCAGUGUGGUUGGGAGGAACCUUUGCAAUCACAGAGAUUGAGUACUUGUUAUUGUCGUUAGUUUUUCUUGGCGUAGUUUCAAGUUCUUUCUAGAUGCAAACGUCUCAGAAACACGCAAGUUCGGCUGGUGUACACUUCUAUCGCCACCAGCCUGUGCAAGGCAUCUACCACGUUUUGCAGAGCGAUCUAUGCCAUGAUGCCCGUCAUAGCAGCAGCCAGGAAACAAGCUUUUCUUUUGAAAGCUGCAAGGAGCAAUACUUCACUCUGGAAUCAUGCCCUGCACCAACUACCGGUUUCACGGAGUGUGAUGAUUCUCCUUCCUAUGCCAGUGUAUCAUCUAAAAGGAGUCCAUUUUCUCCACAAGGUUCUCAUUCGUGCUAUUCGGAUCACCACCAAUCCUCUGACAACACCUAUGGAUCGCCAAUAAGCGGUUUGUCUAGCGUUGACGAUGGGCAUGAACUGAAGCACAAACUCAGAGAACUGGAGAUUUCAUUGUUGGGGCCUGACGAAUCGGACAUCGAAGACAGUUUUGGCUGCUGCGUCAAGGGCAGCAGACUCGACGGAGCAUCUCAGCUGGCUAAGCAUAACUGGGAGCAGAUUGCUGAAAAUAUUUCACGAUUUGACCUGAAAGGAGUCCUCAGGGUAUGUGCGCAGGCCGUGUCCGAUGAAGAUGUUCCAACAGCAAGAGGGUGGAUGGAUAAUGUAUUGGGGAAAAUGGUAUCAGUCUCUGGAGAUCCGAUUCAGAGGUUGGGUGCUUACUUGUUGGAGGGGCUUAGAGCAAGGUUGGAAUCAUCAGGGCAUCUCAUCUACAAAUCCUUGAAGUGUGAACAACCAACAAGCAAAGAACUACUGAGUUACAUGCACAUCCUGUACCAGAUUUGUCCAUACUGGAAGUUUGCAUACAUAUCUGCAAAUGCUGUCAUUACAGAAGCUAUGGCUAACGAGUCCAGGAUUCAUAUAAUGGAUUUCCAAAUAGCACAGGGCACACAGUGGUAUUUACUUAUCCAGGCUCUUGCACAUAGGCCUGGGGGACCCCCUUCCCUUCGCGUGACCGGUGUUGAUGAUUCGCAUUCGAUUCAAGCUCGAGGUGGAGGACUUGAGAUUGUAGGAGAAAGGUUGUCAGAAUUUGCGAGGUCUUGUGGAGUUCCGUUUGAAUUUCACACUGCUGCAAUGUCUGGCUGUGAGGUUGUGCGAGGAAGUAUUGAAAUUAGACCCGGGGAAGCUCUGGCAGUAAAUUUUCCUUUUGUUUUGCACCACAUGGCAGAUGAGAGCGUGAGCACUGAGAAUCACAGAGAUAGAUUGUUGAGGUUGGUUAAGAGCUUAUCUCCCAAGGUUGUCACCCUUGUGGAGCAAGAAUCCAACACCAAUACAUCUCCUUUCUUUUACAGGUUUCUUGAGACCUUGGAUUACUAUACUGCCAUGUUUGAAUCCAUUGAUGUGGCUUGCCCCAGAGAUGAUCAGAAGCGCGUGAGCGCAGAGCAGCACUGUGUGGCACGAGACAUUGUCAACAUGAUAGCUUGUGAGGGGGCUGAGAGAGUUGAAAGGCAUGAACUUUUGGGAAAGUGGAGGUCAAGACUUUCCAUGGCUGGAUUUAAACAGUGCCAAUUGAGCUCUUCUGUCAUCGUUGCUACCCAAAAUCUCCUAAACGACUUCAGUCAAAAUUAUAGGCUUGAACAUAAAGACGAUGCCCUUUAUCUUGGUUGGAUGAACAGACACAUGGCUACCUCUUCUGCUUGGAGGUGAAACUGAGUGAUUACUAUCUCGUCCUCCUUUUUGACCUUUAACUGAGUGUAAUUUAUCAUAUAGUUUCUCCUCAGGAAAUGUGAUUCACCUCUUUUCCAUAUACUGCAUUCUGCAGAAUCUCAAAGCACGUUGUAAAUGCCAAUACUGAAAUGAAAGAAAGAACCAAAAAUAAACUAUGACUUUAGUGCAGUUUUCCUUGC